UACUGUACACUAUCCCUUGUGAUAAUAUAUUGGAAAAACCAAUCAUCAUUCAUCAAUGGGAGGUGGAACUAUGCAUGAUGAUCAUCUUGUAUCUCAGUUUAGAACCACCCUCAACAGUAAUUUACCUUCUUCUUCUUCAAAUCUCAAGCCUUCAGUUCUAACAGAUAUCAACACCUUAUCUUCUUGUUGCUGUAAUGGUCAACUAUGCAAAAAACAAGUGAUAACAGAAAGUGGGUCAUGUCUCUAUAAUCAUGUAUUUGAGACUGUUCCUUCUCAAAGGGAAGUUGAAGAUGCAAUAUCAGCUCUUCAAGAAUUUAUGAAAGCAGUAUUAUCCACAAUCACAGUUCAACAGAUCUCAGACUCAUAUGAUUCAAGGAUUGUGCUGUCUCAAGGAUAUAAAAGACUUUAUGAUGCUCUUCAGUUGCUGCAAACUGAUACUGCUGUUAAGAGAUUAGUAGUUUCACUAUCAUCUGAUGAAGCCAUUUGGGAUGUUGUCAUAAGAAAUGUGUUGCAUCAAAGGCUUCUGGAAUUGCCUGAUGCAGCUAAAUGUAAAAGGCCUCAGAUUUCAGAACAAAAAGAGAUCGGCAUAGAAAUCAUAAGCUGGAUAUUUUAUAUCUUAAAAGGAAAGAUUUUGGAACUGAUAGUAAGUUUUCAGUCACUUAUGAAUGAUUUAUUUCAGUCUCCUGGGAUUAAAAAUGCAACUGGAGAUGCAACACAGCUGGAUGAAAAAGUUAGGUCAUCGGCACUUCUCUCCAUUGUUAUCCUCUUGAUUGUAAUCAUGGCUCGAUCCCAAAGUCGUCAAGUAUAAUACGAAUUAUGAGUAGAGAAAUACUAACAAUACACUCUUCAAUCUAUAUUUUUUAAUCCACUUUCUUUGAUUGAUUAGAAUUCACAUAGGUUUCACCAAAUCAAGUGGGUGUCAUAUGAAUUUUGUAAGAUCUAUGUAAAUUUUAACCAAUAAGAAACAACGUGGUAAAAAUUGUGUUAAAGAGUAUGUUGUGAUGUUAGUAUUCAUAAAAUCUCGAUAUUGUUAAGUUGAA